GAAGAACUGUUGAUGGUACAUGGAUACCCUGUCAUCGGCGUUAUGGCUGCAGAUUUGGUUUCGUACCCAUCCGGAGAUUGAGUGAGUAGGAUAUUUGAUCGUGUCACGACGCACAGGCCCGGGCUUUUUCACCCCCUCACCCCCUGUCGCUCCACAUGAUGUUACUUCGUCUUCCCACAUCAUCAUCUCCAUGAGCAUGAUGCUGUGUGCUUCACAGAUUGAGCUUUCUUACCUCACACAGGCGAGCCAUCAAAUCUGCAGGUACGGCCGUGCGGAGGUUUGGAUAUAAGUGCAAGAAGGACACCAUGGAAUAAAGGGAGACAACAGAAACUACUUGAAUCAGAUCCAUAAAUAAAAGAAGCCUGACAUUCAAAAGCCAGAUAUAGACUGAGGAAGAGAGCCGUGGAAAAAAUUGUAAAGAUGGGGUGUGGUCAGACGUCGUUUCUCCUGGACUCUACAGUUCACCCCUUCAUCCCUCCUCCCUCUCCUCGCUAAAACCCGGAGCAGCUAAUUUCCAUUGCUUGAAGAGCCCCCACCCUCGGUGAUGUGAUGAAUAAGUUUGAAGUCCUUGGCAUUGUGGGAGAAGGAGCAUAUGGAGUGGUGCUCAAGUGCAGGCAUAAGGAAACCAAUGAGCUGGUGGCCAUUAAGAAAUUCAAAGACAGCGAAGAAAAUGAGGAGGUCAAGGAGACGACUCUUCGGGAGCUGAAGAUGCUCCGGACCCUGAAGCAGGACAACAUCGUGGAGCUGAAGGAGGCUUUUCGCAGGAGGGGGAAACUCUACCUGGUCUUUGAAUAUGUGGAGAGGAACAUGCUGGAGCUUUUAGAGGAGCUCCCCAAUGGUGCACCGCCUGAUAAAGUCCGCAGCUACAUCUACCAGCUCAUCAAAGCCAUCAACUGGUGUCACACCAAUGAGAUAGUCCACAGAGAUAUCAAGCCGGAGAACCUCCUCAUUAGCUCGGAGGAUGUUCUCAAACUCUGUGACUUUGGUUUUGCUCGUAACCUGUCUGAAGGAACAGAUGCCAAUUACACUGAGUAUGUGGCUACAAGGUGGUACCGCUCUCCUGAGCUGCUGCUGGGGGCUCCCUAUGGGAAGGCGGUGGACAUGUGGUCGGUGGGGUGUAUCCUCGGGGAGCUGAGUGACGGACAGCCUCUGUUUCCAGGGGAAAGUGAGAUAGAUCAGCUCUUCACCAUUCAGAAGGUUUUGGGGUCGCUGCCUGCAGAGCAGAUGAAACUCUUCUACAACAACCCUCGCUUUCAUGGAAUCAGAUUUCCCUCAGUUACUCAUCCUCAGACUUUGGAAAGAAGGUACCAAGGCAUCUUGAGUGGUUUGAUGUUGGAUCUGAUGAAGAACUUGUUGCUGUUGAAUCCUACUGAGCGAUACCUGACAGAGCAGAGUCUGAACCAUCCAGCCUUCCAGCCUCUGAGGCAGGCGGAGAGAGAGAGGCCUCCUCCUGCCUCGCCCAACCCACCGCGCUCCUCCAAGAGAAAAACACACCAUCACGGAGAGAAUACAGUUCCCACAAGGAGCCACACUAAGAGCACGAGCCGUCGCUCCAACGCUAAAGAAUGUUCCAGCCUCCCUCGUCAUGGCGACCUCCAUCACCUCGGCAACAAGAGUUUCCUUAACGGGAACAAACCGGCCCCUUCCAGUUUGAGCCCAACGUUGCACCCCAAGGCCCAGUAUAUGUCCCAGACCCUCAAUCGCUCUGUCUCAUCCAACAAAGACCUGGCUAACAACAACCUGCCACCGCUGCUCAGCCCCAAAGAAGCCAAAGGCAAGACUGAGUUUGAUUUCAAUUUGGGACCCUCCACAAAGCUGCUUGACCAUGGGGCCAAGUAUGGCCACAGCAAACCCAUAUCCUCUCGCUCUCAGCAGCAGCAGCAACAACAACAGCAACAACAACAGCAACAACAACAGCAGCAACAACAACAACAACAACAACAACACCAACAACAACAACAGCAACAACAACAGCAGCAGCAGCUGCAACAACAACAGCAGGUCGGCCGCCACACCUUCCUGGAAGGGAAGAACAACACACUGCAGUCUGGAUCAGAGAAGCAACAUGGCCGACAUGCCGCCCACAGCAUGGCAGACUCUUCCCACGGCUCUAUGUCCUCCUCUUCGAAGAGUUCAGCGUCUUAUCUCAGCCUGUCCAAGAGCCACAGCGCUCUGAGUGAUGCCAAAUCUGUUGGGAACCUCAGCGACGGGCGACUCCACCUAGAUGACCCAAACUCCAACACAACAGUAGGGGUGGGACCCGCGGCCCGCUUCUUCCCUGCCAGCUGUUUAGACCUUAACGCCCCUCCAGGUCCCCAGGGGCCUCCCGGGAGCCCCUCUGCAAGGCACAGUGAUCGGUCUGGGCACAGUCCUGCCUCUCGCAGCAGCGGCAACGUCCGCAUGGAGAGCAGCACCCUAGACUCCUCAUCAAGACACAAAUCCAGACAUAAAAUUUUAGCACCAGAGGAUGCCGGUGCUCCGGAGCUCUUAGACCCGGGAGGAGCAGGGAUGCCCUCCACUCAUACCCUGCCUUCCCCACACGAGUCUUAUCACUACGGCCUGGGCUACACCUCGCCCUUCUCCUCUCAGCAGCGGCCUCAACGCCACUCCAUGUACGUGAGGAGGGAGCGCCACCGACCACACGCUAUGGAGGGGGGGUUGGCAGUCUUGCCUUCACCCGGGCAGGCGAUACCGACACGUGCCAGCAGCCUGCAGCUCCUGUCCCCCCAACUGCAGCACCGCACCACCCUCACCGGACACUCAGUGAGCUCUUCCAGAGAGGACUGCACCGAGGAAAUGACCAGGAGUGAGCAGUCACCUAAAGACAUGAGCCACCCUUGUGCCCCCAUCAAAGACUCUACGAGGGACAACACUGCUGCUUAUCAUACACAGCGCUCUAAAAACGAGGUCGGCAUGUAUCACGACCCACAUGUUGAGGAUGUGGGAUCCUCCAAGGAGAACCGGAUGAUCUUCACAGAGUCCAUGCCUCGUAGAGUCGGUAGCUUCUACCGAGUCCCUUCCCCCAGACCAGACAACUCCUCCUCUUUCCAUGACGCUGUCGGUCAGGGUCGAGGGCCGGUUGUUCCCAAUUUACCUGGAGACCCUGUCGUCAUGGUCAACCACUCCAAACGCCAGACGGCUUUCGACUGGACCGCAGCAGAAGCAAUGGUCAUGAAUCCUCCAGAGCCUGCCAAAGAGAAGGAGAAACAAGGCUUCUUCAGAGCCAUGAAGAAGAAAAAGAAGAAGACUCAAAUAACGGACAUGGAGGACGGGAGGAACCCCAGCAUCAAGAAAAGCCUUUUCCCCCUCUUUAGCUCUAAGAAUAGCUUAAAGCACAACUCAGCUGUCAAAGUCCUCCCUGUAGUCGCCUCGCCCAUGGUACAGCACCAGCCUACCGUGCCCUACCCUGCCUCACCAGUUCCUGGAAACGGACAAGAACACCUGUCGCUGCAGAGGAGCUCCAAGUCUUCCUCUCACCACGGCAGCCGAAGGAAAAACCGCGAGAGAUCCCGAGACAGAGACCGGGAGCGGGAACAGAGCCGAGACCGGGACAGGGACAGAGAGAGAGAGAGGGAACGUGAGAGAGAAAGAGAGAGAGAAAGGGAGAGGGAAAGAGGGAGGGAGAGAGAGAGAGUGAAUGACUGGCAAACAGACAAACCAGUGGACUCCCACUCUCAGAGUCAACCACUCAAGUCCCUCCGCAGGCUCCUUCACCUCUCCCCUUCCUCCUCAAAUCAAGGACAGCCUCCUCCUCCUCCUCCUCCUCCAGACAUGCGCUUCCAAGCCCCCCUCCCCAACCCCCCUCAGCCAUCCUCCAAAGCGGGCUACCCUGAGGGUCGAGGGCACGCUGAGAGCAGGGGGCACCCCGGGGUGAGCAGCUCUGCCCAGCCUAAGAGCCGCAAGCCCAGCUACCCGCUCCCCGGACAGAUCGAGUCCAGCUGGCACGUGUCUGCUCUCCAGCGGGCGGAGGGUGCUCAGUUCACACCUGAACAACUGGGAAUCAAACCGGGGCAGAACGGACCCACAUUUACCCGAGCGUCCCGCACCAGGAUGCCAAACCUCAAUGACCUGAAGGAGACCGCGCUGUAAACCCCCCGCCUACGAAACUACACCAUCUCCUAUUUGUCUCCAACCUGGAAGCAUCUGCCAGAUGCAGACAUCAUGGUACUGUAGUAAAAGUUUACAUGAAAGCCUAUUUCACUGGACCUAGUCUUCAUUCAGAGACAUAGUCAUCUGUUCUCUGAAAACUACAAAGACAAGACGCUGAAACGCGAACACCAGUAACACUGUCGUGUAGGGUAUCAAAGACAGGACAUGGCCCACUUUGUCUGGGGAUGCCAGUACUGUAUCAGCUGUGUGUUACUGUGUCUCUAACAAAGAGAGAGGACAUCAGAGGAUGCUGAUCUUUCGUGGCCUCUUUGCUGCCAUCUUCUGCUCAUAGGACUCUACAGCAAACCACUUCAGUCAGCCGCUGUCAAGAAACUCAAAUGUUUUUCAAGCUCUGUUAUUUGAUAAGAACAAAAAAAAGUUUAUAUCAACAUUAUUUAUUAAAUAUUUAUUUGUUUUAAAUUCAAGGAUAUAAGCUAUAAACGACACAGUAUGUAGGUUAUAUGGGAAUAUUAUAAGGUAAUAUAGAAUUAAAUGUGUAAUUGCAAGAGCUUUAGUUUCGACACAAAGAAAAGCAUAGAUAUUUAUGUGUUAAUACAAUAUGUCAAAAAGAAUAUUUAAUAAUGGUGAAUGUCCUUUUUUGUUCAAUUUGAUAGGUUAUUUACCAGUUUCUCGCUUUAUCAUCUUAUUUUUUACCAGUUUUUCUAUUUGUUUUAUCCACAUGUUAAGAAAUAUUGAUGAAUAUUGUUGCCCAAAGUGGAAAAAAAUAUGUUUCACGGAAAAUCUAGGCUAAAUCUGCGCUUCACCCUCAUGACUUAAGUUUUGAAGUUUUGUGACAUGUUGGGCUAUUUGUCAACAGGUUUAGGUAGCAGAACAUCCAGAGUGAGACUGUUAGGCUCUUUGCUUUACAUACAGAACAUUUCUACUCAUUAUAUGUCCCGUUCUUGGUGUCUCCAUUUUUAAAAUGAACCCCAUUCUCAGUUCAUUUAUCAGUGACAAUAGCUCUCCAGCACCGUGCUGCCACCUGCUGAGCUGUUGGUUUUGUCUACAGCCCUAACAGCCAGUAAAAAACAUCAAGACUUUGGCGGCCAUUGGUGGUGAAAAGUAAGCUUCAUGAAAUGAGGCAGGACUAACUCAAGAACAAUGUGUAACUGUGCAAAAUAGGAGGAGAGCAUUCUGCAAAAGGCAUACAUCACCUACAACCUUUAAGUAAUGAAGGUUAAGUCUGCUGCUAUUUUAUAUUUCUUAUUUGUUGACAAAUCCCAUGAAAAGACCAAAACGAAUAAUAUGUUUAACAGACUAACAAAAGUUGUCUGUGUUACCACAUAUAUCUUGAGCUGUUGUCUAUUAUUAUUAGUAGUUUGAUUUGAAUCAAUCCCUCAUAUGCCGUCCUGCUGCUGUAUAUGCUCACCUUAGAACCAACUGUGUAUUAAUCCGCUGCUGAAAAUAGUUCCAACAAACUAACAGUUUUCCUGGGUUUGUGUAAAGUUGACUGAAUACUGCAGUGCCCAGAUGUUUAUGGAACAAGUCCAGAAAAGCUGUUGAAUUACUCAUAUUAGAUUACUUGCCUGUAAUGUGAAGACUUUAUUUCUUAAGUAUUUUCUCACAACUUUUGAUAUGACAGACACUAACAAUAUAACGAUAUCCGCAGUGAUCACUUUCCUGUGAUUUAAGACAAGACUGUUUAAGAGUGUUAUAACCGCUGUGCAUUGUUUUGGUAUCUAAUAAGCCUUAACAUGCAUACAUAUCUUACUCCAACUGGCUGCCGUAUCGUAUUUCAAUACUCACCGGUACCUAAAGUAAAACGCCCCCAGCUGUUUCAUUCUUUUCAUGGGAUUUGUAAAAAUAACAAAGAUAUUUAAUAACACAAGACUUAUCUUCUAAUGUGUUUACAUUUUUCAUGUGCAUUUUAAAGCUUGUGUUUUCAAAGUUUUUGUAAAUGCCUUUUGUAAAUCUGAAUUUGGUUUUGCUACUGUAUUUGCAUUACAACUUUUAUUUUUUAGUAUUAAUAGUCAUAAUCAGGGAUGAUUUUACUUAACUAGGUUAUUCAUAAAAAGCAUUUACUUGUUGUCUACUGACCUGUGGAUGAUUACAAAAAAUAAAAUAGAACAAAACACUGUUAGUGGCCUAGGAAAAAUAGCAUCGUUUUGCUUCCAGUCUCAUCUCAACCCUCCAUUCCUUCUUCUUCCUCUGUGGUUGUAAAGUUUAGUGGAGAAGCUUUUAUAUCACAGAAGGAGACAACAAAAAAGAUCUGUGGACUUUAGAGAAAAUGUUUGAGGAUUUCAUGUUUUAUUUCUCAUCUGUUUAGAGUAAUACACAAGCAAAAAAGGAAUGAAAGAAUUGACUAUACGGCUGAUUGAAAGCAAUAACAUUCAGAAAGAGACUGAUGCAGAUGUAUUGGCGAAGUCCGUAGCUAGUUAAUAGGACCCAAAUAGCACGGAUUAAUUUUCAUUAGGAAACUGAUGAAAGCAUGAAAAGCGUCCACAUAUAAUAUCAAGACAUCGCUCUGCAAUACAUUUUUUAUUUAUAAUUUCACCUUGAACAUGACCCAGGGCUAUAGAAACUGCCCCGUGUUGUUUAUUAGUGAGAAUCCUGGUUGCUACUGAUUGCAAAUGACUGCUGAAGUGGGUUCGUCUCUACUAUUAAUCGGACAUUGUGAUGAUAAAGCUUGCCUUGCCAGUGACCCGAAGCCUUAUAUUAGCUUUCUGACUCAACACUUCAGAUGAAAACGAAGACGUGAACCCCAUGCAAGCCACAUACACUGACCACUGAGAUGAGAAGAAAACCUUUUGUUCAUGAAUAUGAAUGUGUUUCCUGAAACAUUCGUUCUUUUUUCAUUUAGCUGUUUCCCACUACUUACAGGGUGUAAAUAGAAAUAAUAGAGUGUAUCUAUACUGACCAUUCUACUUUAAUGAUAGGGUCUCAUAAUAAAAGCCAACUGUACAUUUUUGAA